ACGUGACGAAACGCGACCAUUGAACGCGACGACGAUGUCGACCCCCUCCGAUGCAGUGAAACAACUCCAAGACAAGCUGGAAAUCGCGAAACUACACAUCCUCGAUGCCCGCGCGGAACUGAAGUCCUAUCACUUUGAAAGCCUUGACGACUCGACCUCUGGCGAGGGUGCACUCAGCGAUCCAGCUAUCAUAGCCAGCGACGUCGUUGCACAAACUCUGUUUCUGCGGAAACUCAAGUUUCAGUACUUGGAACAGAACGCGAAAGAUAAGUAUGUCAAGACCAUCGUAUCGGACGACGCUCCGCUCAUAACCGCCGCCUCCAACGAGCAAAUCCGCCUGCGAAAUGAGGAGAAGAAACGAAAGUUGAAGGAAGCAAAAAUGAAACUACUAGAGAAACAGCAAGACGUGCGGACGCUCGCUCCUCUGGUGGAGGAAGACUAUCAAAAAGCACGUUCCCUCACAUCUCUCGGAACGUCACUCUCAGCCAAGAUUCUAGAUGCGAAACUGGCGCUCACUCGACUGCGGCAAGCUCAUCCUCAGCCACGCUUAACCAUUGCCACAGCGACUGCCACGCUCGACGAGCAGGUUACACAAAUGCAAGCUCUGGACGAUGAACUACAAGGUUUGGAGAAGGGGAUAGACGAAUCCAAGGGGAAGAUAAAGGCCGGAAUGCGAGAAGUAGAACGACUAAGGGGGGUGGAGAAAGAACGCAUUGCAGAACUCGAGCUUGUUGGUAAAGAAUGCGGCGAUGAGGACCCGGGACUAGGCAAAUUUUAUGAUUGGCUACAAGUAGGGUUGGCUGCCCAUCGUUCUCUGCUAUCUGUCGAGUCUCCUCGCGCGGAAUCGGAGAACGAGCUGCGUCUAACUUAUCACAUCACCUCGCCCUUUUCAAAAGUUCCACAACAAUUGAUAUUGACACUGCUCUCUGUCCCCAAUACCCGGCAACUGGCAUCUGCUAGCGCACACUUGGAUGGCGUGGAAAUAGACCUGGGAGACAUCAUACAUGCUGCCGUCCAAGCCAAUGACCCUUCAAGUCUUGUGUGGGCUGUCUACGCUUGGGUGAAAGAAAGGGAAUCACAGUCAGUAACUUCGUAGCAUGCGACAUUUUUGCUCACUUGGCAUGCUUGGCGUGUGGGUCCGUGGGUUUACGAGGGUGACCCAUAGCUAGUGGGUAAAUCGCAAAUUCAGCGGGUUGACGUGGGGGGCUUCGCCUGUCGGGUGAAGUGUAUCAGCGGCCACCGAUUUUGACGUGUCCACCGCACGUGGGGAUUCAGGAAUCUCUGGUCGUUGGCCUCUCCACCUCCUGUGUCGAAAAAUAAAAUAUUUAAUUUUGUUUUCAGUUUUUUUAUUGAUUAGCUUAUCAUAUCAUAAUUCCAUUAACG